AAAAUCUUCAGAAGAAGUUAAACCGGAUGUUUUGGAGACAAGCUAACUAAAGUAAAUCCUCUGGGUUUUUUCCAGAAAUGUUUAUAUUUAUUUCUACCAGUUGUUCAUAUGUGUAAUUAUUCCCGGGCAUUUCGGACAGCAAAAACCACAUUGUGUCCAUUUAAUUUCUGUUCUGUGUCUCCCGAACCAGGACGCCGUUUAAAGCCUAUUUUUUCUAGUUUGUAACUGCGCGUUGUAAAAAUGUCAAGAAAACCUGAAAAGAAAAAACGAAAACUGCCAAGUGAAAGGGAAAAGGAUUCAAACCGCCCAGAUGAUGAUAAUGAACUGCAGAUUGGUCCCAGCAGUAAAGGCCGUAAAAGAAAAAAAGAUCAUGCGCAUCAUCAGAGGCACACAAAGGAAGAGAAAAAGUCGGAUCGAGAUGACAUCCACAGCUCCCGCCAAAUUAAAAAGCCAGUUUAUAAAAAAGAGCCACUUAAAAAAAGUGGACCCCUGCAUUCACAAAAGGAAAGUUGCUCCAGUACAGCGGGGACCUCACAGGACAUCAAAGCUGUGGAAAAGGAACAGUCAAAGCCCGUUAAGACGAGCUGUGCUGCUACACUAAAUCAGAAAACAGAGAAAACAUGGGAGGACAAGUCAGAUGAAAGGUGCUCUAAGGGCAGCUAUUCCGAAUCAAAACAGAAAAGGAGUCACAAAUUACAAGCUAGUGAACACGAAAACAACAGACAGCAUUUAGGCGGGAAAAGAGGUUCGGUAAGGGAACCUUCUAAAUCAUUAGAUGACUGUACAAAUGCUAGUAACAAAGAAUGUGCCUCUCCUGACCACAAGAAUUUCCCCAAGCGAAGAUGCGAGGAACGUGUCCAAAACUCAAGUGAAACUCCUCAGUCUAACAAGAACAACACUAUGGAUGCAAAACCUGUCACAGUGAAGUCUGAGGCUCCAUCCAGACCCUCUACCUCAGAGAAAUAUCCAGAGAAGUGGAGGAGCAUCCCUUCAACCCCUGAGAAAAACAAAUCAGCAUCACCUGCAGCAGAGCAGCCAGCAUCCACUCCGAAACGCAUAGAUCCUCUAAAAUUUGUGCCUUUUAAAUUCAGGAUCCCAAGAAAGGUUCAAGCUAGACCUGCACAAAGCUCUGAUGGAAAUAAUAACGCUGCUUCAUCAAACCAAAAACUCAAACUUAAGGAUAAUAAAGGACGCUCUGGAGUUGUAGAGAAGAAAGAUGAGAAGACAACUAAGCAACCUUGUAGAGAUUUGGCUGGUCCCUCUGAUUCCCCGAAUAAAGAACAGAAAGAGACAUCUCCUCUGUCUGAUCAGCUUUCUGACCACUCACCAGCAAAAGAAGCUAACUUUGAGCAAUCGUUUGACCAGGGUCAAGUGGCUCAGGAGCUCCAUCUUGCUCGAUCUGAGAAGAGGCUUGAGGUAAACGUGAUGCAGAGCUACGGUGAGCUCACCGCCAUGGACAUAGAUGCUCCUGAUGAAGGACAAGCAGAGAGGCACAGCAGGGAGCCUAAACAGAAAACCCUAAUCCUUGUUUUGGACACAAACGUUCUCCUCAGCCACUUGGAUUAUGUGAAGAAAAUACGAAGCUGUGGCCUUGAAGCGGUAGGUUUUCCUGUGGUCCUGAUCCCCUGGGUGGUUCUCCAAGAGCUAGAUUCCCUUAAACAUAGAAAAGGUCUGUCAGGGUCUGUGGCCCACCUUGCAACUCCUGCCAUCACUUUCAUUUACAACUCUUUAAAACAACGGGACCCCCACCUGUGGGGGCAGUCCAUGCAGCAGGCCACUCAGAUCAGCAAUGGUCUGAAAACGGAGAACAAUGAUGACAGAGUGCUGCAGUGCUGCCUGCAGUACCAGAAUAUGUAUCCAGAGUGUGCUCUCAUCUUAUGCACUAACGAUAAAAACCUAUCCAGUAAAGCUCUGCUGAGCGGUGUGAAGGCUCUCAGCAAGGCCGAGUUAGAGGCAGAGGUCAGGAGCCUUCGGUCUCCACUUUGGUCUCAUUUUCAGCAUGUCUCCUCUCCAGCAUCGGCCACAAUCUGCACACCAAUCCAGCUUCCCGUUCAGAACAGCCACAAUGUCUCUGUAGCCUUCAAAGAGAAAGGUGAGGCAGAAAAAAAAUGUUUGUGGGAAAUUAGGACCUGUGAACUUAAUGUGUUCACCUCCCACCCGUCAAUAAAAACGGAGGCAGGAUGGGAACUUAGCGUGUAUGUCUGUGAACUAGAGGAUUGUCUGCGGGAUGUCCUGUCUGAGGUGUUAGAAAACGAAAUGAAGGCGGCUUAUGGAGACCUCUGGCUGGAGAUUGUUCACAGAAAACCUCCCUGGAGUCUUCAAGAUGUCCUGCAGUGUAUUAAAAAGCACUGGAUUGCUGUCUUUGGACAUAUUGUCCCACGGAAGUUGUCUAAAACCGUUGCAAACCUCAUCAACUUCUUUGGCUCAGGUGAAACUGUCUCUCCUUUAGCCUUUCUGCAAGAAACUAAGGAGCUCGUGGAAGCGUUUGGGAAAAGUUCCAAGCUAGUUCCUAACGCUAUCACUUUGAUUGAAAAUAUUUUGAAUAAGCUACAAAUACAGAGCAAAGGGUCACAGGAGCAAGAGUUGUCAGCCUCUGAUGUUGUCAUGAAGGAUGAGGAUGAUGCAGAUAAGCAGCCUGCAUCGGUUCACGUUUCUCCGCAGGAAGUGUGGGCUGUGUUUGAGAACAUCUGGUCUCAGAUGUACCAAACAAGUCUGGAAGUUUUCAAAGCGCUCAGCUUUGACCCUAGCACCAUGCAGGGUACUUCGCCAAUGGGACGUCCUCCGCCUCCGCAGGAUGCUGUGGCCUGUUUGCACAGACUGUCCUCGAUGGUGUCACAGCUGCUGCAAGCGUUCACCAGGAUCUUGUCUUGCAAUCCAGGCGUAGACGAAGUCCAGACGCUGCUGAAUAUAAUCUACUGCAAUAAGUUUCAGCUUGUCAGUGAAGAUGCCAGAUUAACAACCAAAGACCUUCUGGACUGUUUCUCCAAACCAGACUACAGGGAGAAGCUCUCAGUUGGAGGGAAACAGCUAAUGGACCUGCAAAAGGCCUUGGAUGGUUGUAUUCAGACCACAGGAGAGAACUUCGCCUUUACCACACAGUACUGAUAAACUCAGGGUCUUUGAACACUAAGCAAUAAGAGACCUGUUCCUUGUUUCCAUGUUUUUCUCAACUGUAAGCACCUUCACCAUAACAGAAACAGUGCUGAGACUUUUAAUAAGUCUGAAGGUUUAUUUUCAUGUAGAAAUUUAUUUCUCAGUGUAUAUAUAUAUAUAUAUAUAUAUA